GACUACCGAAGGCACAAGUGGGGGUCCAAUGUUACCAGGGUACGCAACGACGCCAGGGGCCCCUACCCAGAGGCCACAGCCGAGGCUCGUCGUCACCCGUAACUCCACCUUCCACGCCUCCCACCUGGCUCGACCGAACACCGAUUCCACGGGCACCCUUUGCCCGAGCUGGCCAAAGAUCUUCGGCAAGGGACGAGGCUGCGUCGUCGCGGCACUGGAAUGUUGCAGCGUCUGGCGUGGAGCAGGCUUCAGUGGUUCCACUAUGGUAGAGGAGAGAGUACGCGGUUUGCUUCGAGAGGUUCGCGGUGAAGGGAUACCAGAGAAGUGGAAUUUAAUUGAACAAUCCGAAGGCUAGGGGUAGUUAUUCUUCACUUUUAAUCGAUCAAAUUUCUUGGAAAUAAAUAAGGAAUAAAACUAGGUCCUUCUGAUUCGUGUAAUAAAUGCUGAACGCAGCAGACUCGAGAUCCAGUUUCGAAAAACUUCAUAACAAAGAAAAAAUGAGGAAAUAACUUUCUCUGAUUCAUGUAAUAAAUGUAGAACUGGCGGGCGGUAUAUAAUACACCUCUUAUAUAAAAUAAACAUUUAAUUUGCCUUGCUCGA